UCGUAGACGUACGCGUCCGUGUAUGUGGUAACAAUGUAGUGUACUUAUAUAUCUCUUAGCUUGCAAGCGGAGGCUACCAAUCGAAUCUCGAGUGCUGGAUCGCGUGCAUGUCGGCUAUUUUGAGGCACGAUACACUCCUAACAUUGAGACUUUGUCGCAGUUUGGUGAUUACCCGCGAAGUUCAAUUGAUCAGUGCGUUUCAUCGUAGACCUUAACUUUGUCAAGAAGAAGCUAUUCAUUUUCGAAUACCAUGGAUUUAAACAAUUUGCACGAAUUCAUGGAGUUGAUUGGACGAUUGAAGGUAAAUAUCAUUCACAUGAAGAGGACAGGAUGGGUGCACAAGAAAAUUUCUGAUCCGGAAACAGUUGCUGGUCACAUGUACAGGAUGGCCAUGCUGUCAUUCUUAGUAGAUAACAAAGAAAAUUUAGACAAAAUCAAAAUUAUGCAGAUGACUUUGAUACAUGACUUAGCCGAAUGCAUCGUGGGAGAUAUAACACCUUAUUGUGGUAUUCCACCCGAUGUGAAACACAGGUUAGAAGAUGAAGCUAUGGAGGAGAUUUGUAAACUUCUAGGCGACAAAGGACCUAUGAUAUUGGAAAUUUUUCGUGAAUAUGAGAAACAAGAAUCUGCAGAAGCAAAAUAUGUGAAAGAUCUGGAUAGGUUAGAUGCAAUUAUGCAAGCAUACGAGUAUGAGAAAAGAGACAAUAUUCCUGGCGUGUUGGAGGAAUUUUUUGUAGCGUGUCAUGGAAAAAUCGGGCAUCCUUUCAUUAAUAAAAUAGUGUCUGAAAUUACUUUAAGAAGAGAAGCUCUAUGUCGUAAUUUAUCUACUUCAAAAUAACAAACAAGGUCUCUGAAACAAAAGUUGCAUAUCAAAAUUUUUUAUUUCCCUCAGUUUUUAUACAUUUAAUUCAUUACAUUUAACAAACAUUAUAUAUAAGGCAUUAUAUAUAUUAGGGCAGAGAAUAUGAUCCAGAUUUUUUACUUAUCCAGAUACUCUAUAUUUGAUUAUUCUAAUAGUCCUGGUACUAUAAGGAAUGGUAGAAAAUAAUGUUUUACACCUUAGGAUAUUUUCCCCUAUUUUCUGUAAAAGUGGUAUGUUUUGAAAUGUAGCUAUAAUCAAAUUUGAAAAUUACAGUUUGAUUUAUGGUACUAGGUAACAAGAAAAAGAAAACAUCAUUUUCGUUUAGUAAAGUAAGAAUGAUUGCUAAUUUUGUUGUUUUAUUUUAUAGUAGUAGUAGUAUUUGAAGUAAAUACAUUUUGUUGCUAUAGAAGAAUCAAAAUGGAAGCUGUACUUUUAA